AUGACUUGCGCGGGACUCACCUACCAUCCUCUGACUGGCGUCGUGUACGAUUCCAAGGAGAUCUUUGACUUGGGCUACUUCCUCGACCGCAUAUACAACUCGCCCACGCUGCCUAGCAUCGCAGAGCACGUGCGCGUCUUGAGCUUCAACCUGCCCUUCGACACCAUGGGUUCCAGCGCGGUGCUCAAUUGGCUGGGCGGCGACCUGGGUGUCGCAGCAGACAUGUGCCGCUCGCUGCUGGAAGCGUAUGGUUCGACCACAGACGUUCCGAUGCGCAAAUGGUUCCAGGUCAUCGUGCGGCUGGUGCGGAGCUGUCCGAACAUCGGGACGAUUGAGGUGCCGCCGGAGUGGGAGGAAGUUCGGUGGUACGACAACAACUUCCCCAAUAUCGACUUGACGGAGGCGGGACAGGAGAAGAGGCAGUUGGGGGAUGGGAGGUGGCGCUUCGGAAAGGAUCCCGUGGUCCUGCAGGCGGCGGACGAGGAGGACAACUUCCAGGUUGAGUGA